UAAAAUCAAUCUUUAAUUUUUUUGUUCUUCUCUUCUCUCAUUUCUAUUUGUUUCUUUUUUCUUUAUCUAAAACAAAUUCUAUUUUUCUUUCAUCUUAAUGUUUCAAGGGAAGUUCAUUUUUUAAUUGUUCGUAAUUAUGGCCGCGAAUGAGCCUGAUAAUACUCUCCAUCCAAUUGCUGCUCUAAUAGACGAAUCUCGAAGUGAAGAUGUAAAGGCUUUCUCAUCAAUACCCACAUCACAUGAAGAGUGUUUAGCUGAACGCAAAUGGUGGUGUUUCCUAUUGUCCAGUAUAUUCACUUUUCUCGCUGGACUUUUCAUAAUAUUAAUUUUCAGAGCUUUCGCCUUCCUCUGUUCUGGGCCCAGUUCUCAGGCUCAACAGCUUCAGGCCAAUGGUAAACCAAAAGUUUCCCUUACUGGUCAACCAGCGGCCACAAAUUCACUGCCCGCCAACAAUAACAUUACCUCAAAUGUACCUCAAAGCCCAUUUAAUCAAAAAGGUGGAGACCGGUCAAGGUUCACAGAUCAAAAUGGUCAACAACCAGAAUUGGGCUGGGUAACGGAAGCUAAAGACUGGGCUGGUGAACUAAUUUCCGGUCAAUCAGCAACAGGAAGGAUUCUUGUUGUUUUAGUUUUCCUAUUAUCAAUUGCAUCACUAAUUAUUUAUUUCAUUGAUGCAUCAAGAACCGGCCCAGGCAAUGGAAUAGGAGAUAAUGUGGAAAAAUGCCAAAGUUGGAGUGAAAAUCAUACUCAACAAAUUGACCUCGCAUUGAAUAUCUUUUUCAUGGUUUAUUUCUUCAUAAGGUUCGUGGCUGCUUCUGAUAAACUUUGGUUCAUGUUGGAAUUGUACUCAUUUGUUGAUUACUUCACAAUCCCGCCUUCCUUUGUAUCAAUUUAUCUGGAUCGGACAUGGAUUGGUCUUCGAUUUCUUCGAGCUCUUCGAUUAAUGUCCAUUCCAGAUAUUCUUCAAUAUUUAAAUGUUCUUAAAACAUCGUCUUCUAUUAGACUUGCCCAAUUAAUCUCAAUUGUGAUCUCAGUUUGGUUAACAGCAGCCGGAAUUAUUCAUUUGCUUGAAAAUUCUGGUGAUCCAUUUGAUUUUAAGCCUCAACAUACAAUUUCCUAUUGGGAAUGUGUUUAUUUCUUAAUUGUUACCAUGUCCACCGUUGGAUAUGGUGACAUUUAUUGUCAAACUAUGAUUGGCAGAGCUUUCAUCGUACUAUUUAUCCUCGUUGGUUUGGCUGUUUUUGCUUCUUGGAUCCCUGAAAUAACUGAACUGGUGGGCCAACCCAAUAAAUAUGCUGGCAAUUAUCACACAAAUCCUUCCAAAAAACAUAUUGUUGUCUGUGGACAUAUUACCUAUGAGAGUGUCAGCCAUUUUCUUAAAGAUUUUCUUCAUGAAGAUCGAGAAGAUGUUGACGUUGAGGUUGUAUUUUUACACCGAAAACCACCCGACCUGGAAUUAGAAGGUCUAAUCAAACGCCAUUUUACAACAGUUGAAUUUUUUCAAGGUUCUGUCAUGAAUCCCAUUGAUUUACAACGAGUAAAGGUUCAUGAUGCCGAUGCUUGUCUUGUAUUAGCAAAUAAAUAUUGCCAAGAUCCGGAUGCAGAAGACGCUGCAAAUAUAAUGAGAGUUAUUUCAAUUAAAAAUUAUAGUGAUGAUAUUAGGGUUAUUAUUCAAUUAAUGCAAUAUCACAAUAAAGCCUAUCUUUUGAAUAUACCCUCUUGGAAUUGGCGGAGAGGUGAUGAUGUUAUUUGUGUUAGUGAACUUAAAUUAGGUUUUAUCGCCCAAUCUUGUUUAGCUCCUGGUUUUAGUACCAUGAUGGCUAAUCUAUUUGCUAUGAGAUCAUAUAAGACGUCCCCUGAUAUGCCCUCAUGGCAAAACUAUUAUCAAUGUGGUACAGGGAUGGAAAUGUAUACAGAGAAUCUGAGUCAAUCUUUCAUUGGAAUGACUUUUGCUCAAGCCUCUGAAUUGUGUUUCAUUAAGUUAAAGUUACUUUUAUUGGCUAUUGAAGUUGGAAGUGAAGAUGGAGGUGCAUCCAUUGUGAUCAAUCCUAAAGGCAAUCAUCGGAUUCAAAGUACAACUCAAGGUUUUUUUAUAGCCCAAAGUGCUGAUGAAGUUAAAAGGGCUCUUUGGUAUUGUAAAGUUUGCCAUGAGGAUGUUAAAGAUGAAAAGAUGAUCAAAAAGUGUAAAUGUAAAAAUCUUGGAGCAAUAUUCAAAAAAGGCGUGAGAGUUGUUCAAGCAGUUAGUAAUAAUCCAACCAGGCAAAUAGAAAGUGGCCUCAACCCUAACGCUCAUGGAAAUCUAACCGAUGGUAAUCUAACCCGAAAUCCAUCGAUGAAUUUACUUCCAACUCACACUCCACCCGAGAUUCCUAAACGAGCUAAAUUGCGAGGUGAUCAUUCAGGAGAUCCAACCGAAAGUACUCAUUUGAUUCCACCUUCAUCAAGUUCUGGGGGACGACGAGCAGCUCGUAAUGGUAAGACAUUGACCAUGACCUCGCCCUCUCAACCUCCCACUUCCUCAUCGAAUCGGAAUCAGUCCAAUGCCUCCGGAACCGGAACUUCAACAAAUCAACAAUCUAAACCAUUUAAAGAUGUUCAUUUAGCCUAUGAGGUUAAAAAGUUAAUGCCAGCGACUCGUCCUGGUGGUGAUGUCGCCAGUGGAACCACAGCUCAUGGUUCAGUUCCAAGUGCAGGUUUUAUUGAUACGAAAGAUUUUGACUUCGAUAAAACUGAAAUGAAAUACGAUUCAACGGGAAUGUUUCACUGGUGUCCAGCUCGACCAGUUGAAGAGUGUAUUCUUGAUCGUAAUCAAGCGGCAAUGACGGUUUUAAAUGGUCAUGUUGUUGUUUGUCUAUUCGCUGAUCCCGAUUCACCUUUAAUUGGACUUCGUAAUCUUGUUAUGCCUUUAAGAGCGUCCAACUUUCAUUAUCAUGAAUUGAAACACGUGGUCAUCGUGUCCAAUGUUGAAUAUUUGAGACGGGAAUGGAAAAUGUUACAAAAUUUACCCAAAAUAAGUGUACUCAAUGGGUCACCCCUUUCACGAGCUGACCUAAGAGCGGUCAACAUUAACCUUUGUGAUAUGUGUGUCAUCCUUUCAGCUAAAAUCCCCUCUUCCGAUGACCCAACUUUGGCUGAUAAGGAGGCCAUUCUAGCGAGCCUUAAUAUUAAAGCGAUGACCUUUGACGAUACCAUUGGUGUUAUCCAAGGCACCAAUGGAACCGGCCUGGGUAAUGCAAACACUGCGGCUCCACCAUUAGUAAUCCAACGACGGGGAUCAGUUUAUGGGUCCAAUGUACCCUUAAUAACGGAGCUUACCAAUGAUGCCAAUGUUCAAUUUUUAGAUCAAGAUGAUGACGAUGAUCCCGACACUGAGCUUUACAUAACUCAACCUUUUGCCUGUGGUACUGCAUUCGCAGUCUCAGUACUUGAUUCCCUAAUGUCGACAACCUAUUUUAAUGCCAAUGCAUUGACACUUAUCCGAUCCCUUAUAACCGGUGGAGCGACACCAGAGCUCGAACUUAUCCUUGCCGAAGGUGCCGGUCUUCGAGGUGGAUAUUCAACGGAUGAAACACUCAGAAAUCGUGAUAGAUGUCGAGUGGGUCAAAUAUCUCUCUUCGAUGGACCAUUAGCCCAACACGGGGAGGGAGGUAAAUAUAGUGAUCUUUUUGUCAACGCACUCCGACAAUUCGGGAUGCUUUGUAUUGGUGUUUAUCGUUAUCGUGAUACAAUAGGAACCGAAGCUUCAUCUAAACGUUACGUGAUCACCAAUCCUCCCAUGGAGUUUAUUUUAAUGCCUUCAGAUAUGGUAUUUGUUUUAAUGCAAUUUGAUCCAGGCCACGAAUAUUUUAAAGCUGAACGAGGAGUUCAACCUCGAGGAGGGGUCAACACGAGCCUUGGCCCUGGACCUGACCACGGACUGACCACAACAACAACCAAUACUACCGGCAGUCAACCGCCAUCUUGACAAAUACUUUGUAGCGCACUAACGGAUGGACCUUAUUCAUUCAUAUAAUUUUAAGAGAGACAAUCAACUUUUCUGUUAAUUAGUCACUUCGAGAAUUGAGAAUUUGAUUUGUGUAAUUAAAUCAAAUCACCGACCAAAAAAAACAUUUAUAUAAAUAACUUUAUCGAUACCAAAUCAAAAUUUUGUCAUCUAAUUUUUAACUGUUUCAUUUUCUUAAUUACAACAACAAUCAAACAAUCAAACAAUUAAUCAAACCUCAAAUAUUUAAAUAUCAAUUUUAAUUGUCCUCUUUUUUAAUCAUAAUAACUUACAAUCCAUAAUAUAAAUUGAGUCAUAUCUUUGUUUUUUUCCUAUUGUUGUUGAUUAAUUAAUCAAGAUGAACAGUUAAUUAUCUCACUCGAUAACACUAAUUAACUCACUGACACUCUCUCUUUAUUAUAUGAAAUGAUUUAACAAUCAAAUCCCUGUUUAUUGUGAUAAUUAAAACACCGAAUCAAACAAAAAAAAAGUAAACAGGGAAAUGACAAUUAACCAAAUAACAACUACGGUCCAUUCAUUAUUGCGCUACGCUGAUAUAACCACUUGACCAUCAUCAUCACCUCAAAUCCCAACAAUUAACUUUGUUAAUUAAUUUUUAAAGAACCAAAUCAAUUCCUAAAUUGUUAAUUUUUUCACAUUCUUUUAUCUAUGGUUAGUGUUGUUGAUGGUUCCUCUUUUUUUCAUCUGUUUAUUUGUGUUAAUUUUUUUGUUUCACUUGCAAUCUAAUUUAUCAAAAUAAAAGAUAUUACAUUGGCAAGGAA